AUGGAGAGCCCUUACCGUGAUAAACGUAAGUUGACGAUUACUUCUCCAUUUUCGCUCCCACUAUUCUCAGAACAACCGUCGAAAUCGCAAGCACAACAACGUCGGCAAAUGGAGAAUUUCGAAUUCUCGCAACUCGCCAAAGAGCUUCCACUGGCUCGUGCAAUAUCCGGUCAACACAUCGACAAAACGACAAUGGUCCGAUUGGCAACAGCCUAUAUCAAACUGUUCAACAUUUUCGGACAGUCGAGACGAACGUACAGCUCGGCAGACUAUUAUUAUGGCAGUGACUCAUUGUGGACCAGUAAUCACUUGGAUGUAAAUUUAGAUUUUGGGGGAAGCGGUUAAUCAUAACGUCGUUGCUAGCUUUUGGAUGGAUUUUUUGUGAUACUCGAUCGACGCGGCGACGUUUUGUACAUCAGUGAGACGAUCAGCAUUUAUUUGGGACUGUCACAAGUCGAAAUGACGGGCAACCCGAUGGUGGAUUAUAUUCACGAGCAAGACGUGAAUUGCUUCAAUUCGGUCAGUUCUCGGAGCACAUCAAGAGCAUCCAGUUGAUCGAAUAUCAAUCAAUUCCAGGCGCUAAACUAUUGCGAUCGUUACUGGCCCCAAAUGUGCAAUGUUCGCAUCAAGUCAUCGCUUACCAAAAGAGCGAACAAGGACGCGGUUCGAGCAUCGCCCGGCUUCAAAGUUCUCCGGCUCGAGAUCACAAUGGGUCCGAAUCCAAACACGCGAAUGAUAGCGUGUUACCCGAUGCCAACCCCUGUCUUGUCUACAGUAACCAUUCCAUUCAACUCGUUCGUUAUCAUCACUUCCAUCGAUCUCCGCAUCACGUUUGCCGACGAAAGAGCGUAUCAACUGCUUCGAAACUAUUACCACCAGGAUGCGCCCAUCAAAGGCCUAAGCUUCUACUCUUUGAUUGACGUCACGGACACGGAAGUCAUCUCAAAAAUGCACUUUGACAUUUUCAACCUAGGUGCGUAUAAAACGCCCUACUAUCGUAUGCUUCUCAAUCAGACAAGUAG